UCUCUCUCUCUCUCUCGCUCUCUCUAUCUCUGAUGUGUUCUUACAGUGUAAGGCACAGCCAGUGAGUGAAAGCCCAAGCAAGCACCCUCCCCAACACGCACACACACCCCCACUGCUUGUGUGAACGUAAACACACAUACACACACCACAGAAGCGUGUGGUUGACCGCACCGGGCUCUCGGCUAUGUGUGAAGACUCGCGCGGCACGCCAAAGAAGCAGCACAACUGAAUCUGACGCUUGCUUUGUAGCAGGACCGGCAACCAGAUAGCAUCGAAAACCAUCCUACUUUCUCUCUCUCCCUCUCCCUCUCUUUUCAGUUGUACUUGUGUGAACAGAGCUGGAGAAAAGGAAAUACCCCCCACCCCAUCAUCAUCUGUCUCUCUCUCUCUCUCUCUCUCUCUCUCUCUUUCUGUCUGUCCUGUGGUGGGAUAAACAGUGAAAAGAUGAGCCUGUGAUACAGCACCAGACCUGAGUGACCUGACAGCUCAAACUAAUCCUGUUCAGACAAGAAGAAAUGCUGCCAGUUGAAGCCUAGUCUCUGAUAGCAGUGGAGAACAACCAGUCUACUUCCCGGAAGAAUACAAGAGUUCUCUGAUCUGGUUCAUCGGACAGAGUGACUUGCCACGCUCCGACUGCCCCCUUCUCCCCACAGCAUCAGACACCUCUGUGGUUGCAGUGAGACACCACCUGCUCAGCCACAGCUGUACAUGGAGACCCCCAGUUGGGCAGAAACCAAACCAGGAAACGGGCUGUGUAAAACAGGAAGCAUUGCUCUCUUUGGAAACGUAGUGUACAGUGGGCUGCUGAACGAUCACUUCUGGCAUUUCGGGGUGCCCCUUGUCACAAGACUGGGUAACCAGGAGGCCCCUGCUCCCCCAGAAGCCAUGGCUCAGCCGUACGCUCCAGCACAGUAUCCUCCCCCUCCACCUCAGAACGGGUUGCCUGGCGAAUACACCCAUCCUGGGCAGGACUACACGGGGCCCAGUCCGGUCCCUGAGCAUGCUGCAGCCCUCACUAUCUACACACCCACACAGACACACAGCGAGCAACCUGGCACUGACAGCAGCACGCCUUCCCUCACAGGGACUAGCAGCAUACCACAAGUGGAUGAUGUGGCACAGACAGACGGCUCUCAGCAGCUUCAGCUCCAGACCUUAGACUCUUCGGAGAAGCAGCAGCCCAAACGGUUACACGUCUCCAACAUUCCCUUCCGCUUCCGUGACCCAGACCUCCGGCAAAUGUUCGGGCAAUUUGGGAAAAUUUUGGAUGUGGAAAUUAUUUUUAACGAGCGGGGCUCUAAGGGUUUUGGUUUUGUAACAUUUGAAACAAGCGCAGAUGCAGACCGUGCAAGGGAGAAAUUAAACGGUACAAUCGUAGAGGGACGCAAAAUUGAGGUAAAUAAUGCAACGGCACGAGUAAUGACAAACAAAAAAGUGGCCAACCCAUAUACAAACGGCUGGAAGCUGAAUCCAGUGGUGGGAGCUGUCUAUGGUCCUGAAUUUUAUGCAGUGACAGGCUUCCCCUAUCCCACCACAGGGGCGACGGUGGCUUACAGGGGCGCCCACUUGAGAGGCAGAGGUCGUGCCGUCUACAACACGUUCCGCGCCGUACCUCCACCUCCUCCCAUUCCUGCUUACGGAGCUGUGGUUUACCAAGAUGGCUUCUACGGUGCUGAAAUCUAUGGUGGCUAUGCAGCAUACAGAUAUGCCCAACCAGCGGCAGCAGCUGCAGCGGCCUACAGUGACAGCUAUGGCAGAGUCUAUGCAACAGCGGACCCUUAUCACCACACGAUUGGACCUGCAGCCACGUACAGCGUGGGCACUAUGUAAAUAUAAAGAAAGAAGACAAUGGAGAAGAGCAUCAGCUACAAGGAACAAAAAGGAUAAAGGAAAAAAAAAGUGUCAAUGAAAAAAAAAUACAAAAAGAAGUUAAGAGGAAAUCCUUACACCGAGGCUGUCAGGAGAAGGCAUUAUAUAUCUCUGUGGGGACGUGAGACUGACGCAGCCAAGCUGUGGAUAAAAAGAGGGGUUAGCUUUCACCUGGGACAGCCUUUCGGGGUGAAGGAGAAGAGGAGAGGUUGUCAUAAAACUUUUUAUUUUUCUAAACUUUUUUAAGUUUAUGGUUUCAAAAAGAUGAAAAAAGAUGAGUGUAUAUAUCUAUAUAGCGAUAUAUAUGUAUGUAUAAAUAUGUUACAAAAAAAAAAAGAAGCAAAGAAAAAAAAUGUACAAAACUAGCAACAGAGUGAUGAAUUAGUGCUGUAGGAGGGGGGAUGGGGGGUGUACAUGUUGGUCCUUCACACCCCCCGCCCCCCUCCCAAUGCAGACCUUCUUGUCCGGCCUGCAUUAGGAGGGUCAAGGAGGCCGGGCAGCGAGGCUGAAGACCCACCAGACACGAUUCCAUGUGGCCCCUCUUCAUCCAAAGCCCUUGAAUAUAUGGCACAGCUGGGUCUUCCAUAAGUAGGUUUGAACUACAUCGCUUCCUUGGGGGGAAAGGCCUUUAGUCGCGAGCAUAGGGAGCUGUUAUUCAUCCCGUCUAGAUGUAGGCAGACAAACUUGCAUGGGACUCCACAUUUCAGUCUUAUAGUACAUCAGGUUGCUAUUCAGGUGUCGCAUGAAACGGGGCGAGAGAAGACAAUGUAAAUAAACCACCAGAGCCCAGUCGGUCUGAGGUAGGGAACGCGCUGUCAUCCCGCUGUUGUUUGUAGCACAAUGCGAAACGGCCCGCCGGCAGGUUUUACUGGGAUGUGUGUGUGUUGUGUGCGUGCGGUUACGGGCGGAAGGGGGCUUUAUAGAGUCGUGUUGGGUCGCGGCGGCCCCGGAGCCCAGGGCUACCAAAAAGCAUUUCAUUGUAGUGUUGUGGAGGUGGCCGUGCUGUGUAGUAAACACUUUUGUAUGUGGUGUCAUGAGGCUACAAAUUAAGAAAAUUGGAGCUGUCUUCUUGGUAUUGUCACGGGAGUUUCACUAUCCAUCUUGAAAAUGGGUUCCUGCCCGCUGCGAGGCGGAAAACGACGUGCCAGUUUAGUCAUAGGGUUGCGAGCAAAGUUUUAUUAAAAAUCGAUUACCUUUAUACUUCUAAUGAGCUCCAUUUCAGUGACACAUCCUUAUAUAUUUAAACGUUGUACUAAUUACAUGCUGCUCAGCGUGGUCAAACGUCGAUUGUAGCCAUUUACUAAUGUUGUAUUAUUGUAUUACCAGUAUGAAAAACAUUUAUAUAUGGAUAUAUCUAUUUGUGACUUUGCGACCCUUCAAAAAGGAUUGUACCUUCUUUGUUUUUUUGUUUUUUUUUCGAUGGUGGUCCAGGUUUAUUUUCGGCGGCGAUUUAUGCAAGUCCUGAGAGAUUUACACUUGUGUGGCAUUGUUUCUGUUCGUCUGUAUCUUUGGUUCAGCUAUUGAAUGUAAUUCAACUUUUUAUGUACACGUCUUUGUUUUUUUAAGCAGUACUUUGUAAAUGUGGACACGGUAAACCGAGUCUUUGUUCUGAAGCCGGACCCGACGGAGAUAUUGUACGGUCCAGCUGACACCUCUCUUUUAUAACAGGAGCACUCCAGCUGGCCGACGGACAUUAUCAUGACCCUGCAGGACAAUGGCAGAAAAGACAUAAAACGAUUGGAUGAGACAGAGCAGAAUUAUGCUGUUUGGUUUUUAUUGACAACCACUUUCCUUUUUUUUUUUUUUUUUUUUUAUGCAAACGGUGAACAGUUCACCCAUGUUCAAAAGAGGUGUCACUCUAUAAUCGAUGUUGAAAAUGGCAGUAUGUUAUCCUGGGAAAGUAAUGCACUGUACAAAAAAAAUACAUGUAUACAAAAGACGUGCUUCUUUUGAUAACAUCUAAAUUUACCGGUUUUAUUCAGGUCGGCAUUUUCAUAUUUAACAGGACUGAAUCAACCUGACUCUGGUGAAAGCAAGUGGGUCAGAUCAGGAAGAAACACGUCUAUGAAAUAACGACUGCACGAUUUUUCCUGCUUUUUACAGUGUGUAUUUCGGCUCAGUGAGAAGAAAAGGUACAUUUAACAGAUAGCCCACCUCAACAGACAGCAUUCCCAAGCUUUGCAAAAUCAUGCGCUUCCUCGGACUCAGGUGUUACAUGACAGAACUGAUGUGUUCCCUUCCAUAGGUAAUGAUGUUACUCUUCCUUGCUGCAUUUUUCCUCUCAGAACAAAACUUUAUUUCCUACAAAGCUGGUGACUCUUAUCUCAGCAACUGUGCUACUUUGUUACCCGAAGGAUCGUGGAAAACAGUUCGCUGGGUCAGAUAGCGACGGGAACUUUCGGCGAAGACGUGUUGUUGUUUCAGGGACUCUAAAAAAAAAAAGAGUGGUGGAUCCUGCUCUGGAAGAGACUGUGACUGAACAACCUAACAAAAAGAUGUCAAUUCUACAGAGAUCCAAGACCUCUGGGUUUAUUUCUUUGCUUAAGUCCGUACGAGACAUUACUUGUUUACAUGCCCUGGUUUUUCCGACCCUGCUGUGAGGUAUUUGUCAGCUUUUGCACUGUAUUCUUUGGCUUGUUGUCUUCCCUCUUCUCUCUGUUUCAGUCCAUUAACCUGAGCACCAAAGUCAUUCGCCGUCUUCCUCGACCCAAAGCAGAGAACCAAUGCAAACUGUAGUCUGCUUAUAGUCUAUUGUCAGAACUACGAUGAAACUCGAGCGCAUGUAUCUGCCACUUGUUCCUCCAUCCGAAACGUCCUUCAAAUCUACACUGGUCGUCUGCUCUAGAUAAUAGGGCAGGUGGAAGACCAGCUAUGCAGCUCACCUGUGUCUGCACAGUUCCCUUGAACUUCAUUCAAACACAGUCAAGCCAAUGGAAAUGACAAACUUAUCCUGGCAAUUGCUUUUCCCAACACAAAAAAGGAAAAAACGAACUCCUGCCAACAUGAUUUUCCUCAUCGUCAUUGCCAGAUCCCCGAAGCACAAGAGUUUGAAUGGAAGUCAAGUUAGUCGUCUCAGUGAUAGUUACUCUCCAUGUAGUGUGUAUGGUGUGCGUGUGCUUCCAGCCCCUUUCUUUUCUACUGAAAAUAUACAAAAGCUACUUCCUCUGUCAUCUCAAUAUAAAAUGUACUAUAUUAAAAGUUCUCUUCAUGUGCAACACAAGCUCUACGCAGACAACAAAUCUAUCAUUUGGGGUUUUCCUUUGUUUGUUUUCAUUUUCUUUCAUCCUUUUUCAAAUUCUGAAGUUGUUCCAAAUACAUAAGCGUGAAAAAAAAAAACUAAAGAAAAAAAAAAAGAAACCAAUAUAAAGUAUUCUAUUUAAAAUGAAAUGACGAAACUUCUGCUGUCCUGGAUCUGUACUCUAAAUUUCAGUUUUCUUUCUGUAUGCAUCCAAUGUGCUUCAAACAACCAGUACUGUUUAUUAAUGAAAUCAUUAUAUUAUUAUGAUUAUGAUUAUUACUAUCAUGAUUAAUAUGGUUAUAAAUAAAUAUUUCUUUCUUCAAUAA